GAGAAUCGCUGGAGAAUUGCCGGGUUUGGUGGUUUUCUUUUCCUCUGGGGCUAGUUCCGCGGUAGUUUAGACCGUGCUUUUGCGUGUUCCGUGUGAGCCGCAGUUCCCUGCGGUCCAGACCAUGUUGGAGCCUUUCCCCUCGCUGUGCUGCUGAGGGAUGUUAAUGCGAUCUUAGUGGAUUGCUAGCAAAAAUACCCAAAAACCUGUUCUCAAGACAAAAGUUCACCUAGGCCCCAGGCAUGUGGUUGUUUUGCUUGUGUAGCAGCUGCUAAAAUUACAGGUGGAAGUAAGGCUCUCCUGGUUUAUCACUGUGCUGGCUUGAGCACAGUCCUUUCAGAGCAACAUCCCCCAGGAGUGCCUGCACUGGUUCCUUACUGUGCCCUGGUGCCUUGCAGGGAAAGAAGCCCAAAAAGGGCCUCUGCUGUUUGAUGAUCUCCCACAAUCCAGCAGUGCUGACUCAGGAAAAGAAGGCUCUUUGCUCUUUGAUGGUCUCCCACCAGCCAGCAGUGGUGAUCCAGCCUCCAGUGCUACUAAGCAAGUCUCAUCAGCAGAGAGCCAAGAGAAAGGGCAGAAGAGAAAGUCUUUGGAGGAGGAGGAGGAAGAGAAGAAUGGCAGGAUCAGUGGGUGUUUUUGGACUGAAGGGUUAUGUGGCAGAGAGAAAAGGUGAGAGGGAAGACAUGCAGGAUGCACACGUCAUCUUAAACGACAUCACCGAGGAAUGCCGGCCUCUGCCCUCCCAAAUUACACGUGUCUCGUACUUCGCUGUUUUUGACGGCCACGGGGGAGUCCGAGCCUCAAAAUUUGCAGCACAGAAUCUGCACCAAAACCUGAUUAAGAAAUUUCCUAAAGGUGAGGUAGCCAGUGUGGAGAAAACUGUGAAGAGAUGCCUUUUGGACACCUUCAAACACACAGAUGAAGAGUUUCUAAAGCAGGCAUCCAGCCAGAAACCAGCAUGGAAGGAUGGCUCCACAGCUACUUGUGUCUUAGCUGUUGACAAUAUUCUCUACAUAGCCAACCUUGGGGACAGCCGGGCGAUUCUGUGUCGUUACAAUGAAGAGAGUCAGAAGCACACAGCCUUAAGCCUCAGCAAGGAGCACAACCCCACCCAGUACGAGGAGCGGAUGAGGAUACAGAAAGCUGGGGGAAAUGUCAGGGACGGCAGAGUGCUGGGAGUGCUGGAGGUUUCCCGCUCCAUUGGGGAUGGCCAGUACAAACGCUGUGGUGUCAUCUCUGUGCCAGAUAUCAAACGCUGCCAACUCACACACAAUGACAGGUUCAUUCUGAUAGCGUGUGAUGGCCUCUUUAAAGUCUUUACACCAGAAGAAGCUGUGAACUUCAUUGUGUCCUGCCUGGAGGAUAAGAAUAUCCAGAUGAGAGAAGGGAAGCUGGAAGCAGAUGCUCGGUACGAGGCUGCCUGUAACAGACUGGCCAACAAGGCGGUGCAGCGAGGCUCGGCCGACAACGUCACGGUCAUGCUGGUCCGGAUAGAGCACUGAGGGAUGAGCUGUGCUGGAUGCAAGGGAAGGAAAGGGAGAGGUCUGUGUGCAUGCACGUGUGGCUGGGGGAGGGUGGGUCCUGCUGGAGGCUCUUCAGUGUAAAUAAAGAUGGUUUUUUUCUACUAGGUUUAGCUCA